AUGAAUCCCAUAGCUAUGGCCAGAGCACGAGGUCCUGCCCAAACUUCAGGACCAACAAUACAAGACUACUUGAACAGGCCAAGACCAACAUGGGAAGAAGUGAAAGAGCAACUAGAGAAGAAAAAGAAAGGAUCCAGGGCUUUGGCUGAAUUUGAAGAAAGGAUGAACGAGAAUUGGAAGAAAGAACUGGAAAAACAUAGGGAGAAAUUACUGAGUGGAAAUGAGAGUUCCUCCAAAAAAAAGGAGAAAAAGAAAAAGGAAAAGAAGAAAUCUAAUAGGUUGUCUUCAUCUUCCUCUUCUUCAUCAAGCUCUGAUUCUUCCAGCAGUUCCUCUGAUUCAGAAGAUGAGGAUAAAAAGCAAGGGAAGAAAAGAAGAAAAAAGAAGUAUCGCUCCUCACGGAAAUCUUCAACAAGCUCAACUUCUGAAUCAGAGUCAGACAGCAAGGACAGCACAAAAAAGAAAAGGUCAAAGGAAGAUUAUGAAAAAGAGAAGGAAGGCAAAAAUCACCGCAGGAAAAGGAAGAAAGCUGAUCGUGGUGAUGGACCUUUAUCAUCAGAAUCCCUGUCAGAAUCAGAUCAGACAGAGGAGGUGCAAGCAAAAAGGAAGAAAAACAGUGAGGAAAAAGAUAAAACAGAUAAAACAAAAAAGAGAAAGAAGCACAAGAAACAUGGUAAAAAGAAGAAAAAGAAGAUUGCUGGUUCAAAUUCAGAUUCAGAAUAAUAUUUACAAAAAAAACCCAAGACUAUCAACAGAAGUGCAAUGACUAAAGGAAACUUAAACUGUGAAAUGACAGCAAACUUUACCAAACUGCAUGAGUUUUCCUGUGUUUAAGAAAUACUCCUAAUCUUUCAGUAGCCAGCUAGAUGCAGCUGUGCUGGAAAAGACCAUUGUUGUUGCCUGCUGCUUAAUACAUGAGGUACAACUUUUAUAAAAUUCCAGUAAGCAGUGUUAGAUGUUUGGAACAAUGCGAGAUGGUAGUCCAGCUGAGAUGUAAAAUAUUGGAAAAUAAAGAGUUAAAUUUUUAGAUAGUAAAAGUAGUCUUUCAAAGCAUUAGUAGUAGUCUUUAUUUGUAAAUCAGGACAAAUAAAAUCCCAAGUUCAUCCUGCAGGUUAAUAUUAUACGUAAACUAUUGCAAGCUGGCAUCUGCUAAUGGCAUUUCCAAAACGGGAAAUUAAUGAUAACAUUGAACAUGCUGCCUUUGUAGAAAUGUUGAUCAUCUGCCCCAUUACCCUCUUCAUGCUUACAAGAAAGGGAAUGCUACCAUGCUGGCUAACUGGAUAGGGUGCCUUUGCCUUUGAUCCUUGCAAAUCUCGGCUAUAUUUAAUCCAUGCAGCAUCUCUGAUUCUAGGGAAGCCAGAGCUGUUGUCAGCAGACUUUUCUGAAUAAGCAGUUCUGGGCUUCUAAGCAUGUGCUUCUGCAUUAAGCAAGAGCAAUGACAGUUUGCAGUAUAACUGACAUUCAAACCUGAAGAUUUUACCUCUGCUUCGUUGAAACAGCGAUGGAUCUUUGCUAGUAAAUACGCGUAUUUCAUUUAAUGUCCUUUUGGUUUUGUUGAACACUUCUUGCAAACACUGGUAGCUUUCUUUGCAUUAUCUUCAGAAUUGUUUCGCAUGAUUCGUAGCAUUUUUAAAUUAACAAAAUGCAGGUAAUCACUUGUUGUAACCAGUUCUAUGAAUUACGUUCCAUGUGCAGAGUUUCAUGUAUGUAUUUAGUUAUUUUUAUAGUUAAGUUCAUUGCUGUGUUUAAGUGCACACUUGCUGAAGAUACUUAGCAUGUAAAAAGCAGGGGUUUGAUACCUUAACAGCUUCAUAUUGAAGCUGAUUUACUCUAAGCAAGUUAAGUGGCAGAUCUGUUACGUGGUGCGUCUUGUUAGAUAAAAAGAACUACUGCCAGAAUCUCAUUAAAGAUACUGUUUAAACAGUUUGUAUUUAUAUUUUUGUACAUGAGGGCUACAGAUUGUUCACCU